CUCUUGGACCUAAGUACCUACACUGUCAUACCCAAUAUCCGUAAAGAUGCAGGCAGUCGUGCCCGCCGCCUCAGACAAUGUUCUUGAGAGCCCUGAAGCCGUCACUCUCCACGUGCUAUGUCCUUUUCUUCCUCCGCCCAGCCGCUUCACUUUCAAUAAUAUCCCCCUCUCCACAACAAUCGCGCAAUUACGAGUCCGGCUUGCGAGUGCCAUCUUAGGUCACGCCGAGCCUAUCAUGUCACGCUUGAUCUUCCUAGGAAGGCCCCUUACGGUUGAUAGUGCUACUUUGGGCGAGGUCCUAGCACCUGUGAAUGAAUCUGCAUACACGUUCCAUUUCGUGCCACAAGGUCUGGUACCGACGCGACCAUCCGGUCAAACAUCAUCGGCUGUAAAUAUCUCGGCCUUUGGAGAACAGAAUGCAACGUCUUCAAACAUCGAAGUACAGAGGUCCUCCGCUAUUGAAACAAGAGGACAACUUCAGUACAGACAAGCAGCUGCACAGCAACUACUACAUGCCGCCCAUGACACUCACGUACGGCAAAUAGAGACACUUCGGGGUUCGUUGUUGGGAUCAGCUAGUACGACCCAGCCCCGGCCCAAUCAUGUAACCCCUGAAGGAAUUGCUCGGGUCCAGGCGGACCUCGUGGAUUCCCAGGAACGUCAGCAUUUUCAUGAACCGCAGACUCGUCUAGAGGGACAACAAUCACCUCUUCUUCAUCGCACAUGGGCCUUGAAUAAUAGGCCAGGCGCCGCGCAGCCACUGAACACUGCCUUGACUGACCGGCCGGAUGGUCCAGCUCCUCCAAGCUACCGUGAUUCAGCUCAUACUCUGCGCUAUAAUCAUGACACCUUCCAUACUAGCGCUCGAAGCCUUGAGGGUGGCCAGAUUCAUACACGGAAUACACCUAACCACAUCUACCAAACUUUCGGUCCAGAUGGCCAUUGUGCUGUUGCUUUCCCAACAGGCUCAACAGCAAUAGGGCCUCAGCCGUCCGUCUCAACCAUCAAUGUUGCGCUCGGUGCCAACGCAAACCCAGCCGAUCGUGCAAUGGCCGAAAACAUUGUUCGCCAGGCAGUGGUUAACAAUGAGCAACGUCGACGAGAUGCAAACGCAAACGCACCAGGCAUAGGACGGUUCAUGAGCCGUGUAUGGCUCUUCAUCCGCCUUUAUUUCUUCUGCUAUGUUAUCAGCGCGCCUGGCACCUGGACGCGCAUCUUUUUCGUCAUUGCGGCUUUACUUAUCUCUCUCUUAUCCGAUACCGACAUUCCCCAGAUGCUGUACGGCCUCAUCGUGCAGCCUGUACAGCGUCAUCUAGAAGGACUUGCCCACAUGGGUGGACCGGCCCAGCCGACCACCCAGGGUAGGGGUGAUGGUCCUCGAGACGGUCUUCUAGGAGAGGUUUCGGACUAUUUCCGCCGUGCAGAGCGAUCUAUCGUGCUGCUUCUUGCCAGUCUUAUUCCAGGGAUUGGUGAACGCCAGGUCGAAGCACGUAAUGCAGCUGAAGCUGACGCGGAGCGAGUACGUCAAGAAGCACGCGACCGCGAGCAAGAGCGAGAGCAAGAGCAGCAGCAAGCGCAGCAGGCACGGAUUGAGGCUACACAGGACAACGGUAACCUUGAACAGCCACAGCAGGAUGCUGCGCCCGUGCCUGCAACGGCCUCUGUAUCUGCUGACUCGUGA